AUGCGCCGGAGUCCGAAGUUGUGUUUGUCCCUCGGCAGCACCUUCAGUAGGAGCUUAUCGACAUGGUGCCUUGGUUCUUUAACGUGGUCGCUGCACUCUGCUGCUUGUUCGUGGGAACGGUCACCGCAUGCGGUGGCCAUAGCAGCAUCCGAUGCAGCCCGGAGCUCGCCUACCAUUGUUACCACGACUUGUCCAUGAAGUUUGUCAUCGACCCCUUGAUUCCUGCUUCACCCGACAGCCAUGAGUUUUUCGUGUCCUUCUGCGCUACUGCCAAGGAGUUCCCGCUUCAUUGUCAGUGCAAAUUCUUCUACUCGGGCUGCUUCGAAAGCGAAAAGCGACAGUUUCGUCUGCACGAACAGGGCUACGACUUUCUGCAAUUCAUGAGCACCAAGCUUGAUAUUUGCAUAUCUCCUGCAUUCCUCCACGGUUGUGUAGACUUCUCCAUCCUAAGAAAGUGUGGUCUCGAGAGGCCCCACGCGGCUCAGCCUCUGCGCGAAUUCAGGAAGCAAAGCUAUGCGCUGGUCGAGGAAUUUACCGCCUGCAUAAACAGGGCAUUGGAAAAGUGCGACAACGCUACCGAUGCCGCGAACCUCGACGUGGUGAAGUUGAUGUUGACUGCCACCAGCAACCUCAACUGGUUCGACGAGGAUGCGGAGCCCGAGGUGACCACGCCUGUAGCCACCACGACGAAAUCUACCGAGGCGCCUUCGACGACCGAGUAUACCGAGCCCAGCACUGAGGCCACGACAGCGAGAGCGACUACGCCUGAGGCUACGACUGUGAAAACAACCCCCCGGGAUCAGACGUCGACCUCGGCUGCGACAACCAUGGAAGCCUUCACGGCGACCGCACAUACGCCAGAUGCCACGAAAGCGCCUUACAAUACCGCAUCCACUACGAACGCACUAGGAGCCCUUGUUCUGGUCGCACUUGGCUUGCUCAAGAUUUGAGCUGGCGAUGCUUAGAAAUGUUAAGAGGAGUGACACCCGGUGCACGCGCGAUCCGCUACUGUAAUCAACAUAAAACCGGAGGACACUUCCGUCCAUACAUGUGCACCCUCGUAGAGAAGCUAGAGCACUCAGGUUACUUCAAAGUGUAAUUCUGAGGACUAAGUUUAGCUGCUUGGAAAGGUCAUCAUCAGUGUGUGUGCGAUACUGUAUUUUCUCGGCAAAAGAUGACACACUUGGUUGCACAGUCUGAAAUUUAUAACUAUAUCAGUGCUUAUCUUUAGCAGCUGUCAUAGCUUUUGCAAAUGACAAUAAACUAAGCGUUUCGUCCCUCGCGAGCGUUGUGACAUUUUAGACGUCACGGCGAAGCAGGGUAUGCAUAUCAACGCUGACCUAAACACCUUGGUAUUGAUUGCGUAAGUUGUGUACGAUGCUGCUGCAAUGGGCGAUAACAUUCGUUAGACGAAAUAAAGAAAUAGCACCACGCAGAUGUAGACCUUUCAUUGUUAUCGGAUAAGAAAGUAGUGAAAAAGUAUUAUGGUACUGUUCUAUUGGGCCCUCUGGCCAUAGGGUGGGUGUUCAUAGCCGCAGGUAUUCGACAUGCGAAAAAAGCCAGAGCUGAAGCAAACAGGAUGUGCUGCUAGUGUGAAAGCGACGAUAUGUCGUUUCCUGUAUAUAUAUGAAUAUUGUUAGCUUCAAGAUGGAAUCACCAUUUACUUAUUGAAAUGUUUCUUUUUCAUUGAAAUAAAACAAAA